AUGAUUUUCAAAUUCUUAAAGGGCGGCGUCAGUGGGGGCGGCAAAGCCCGGCGUUGGUUCAAAUUCCAGCAAUCCAUGAGCAAAAAGCGAUGGUUUGAAUUGGAUCGCGAAAAGAAUGGACCCAUUGCCUUGUUUGAUUUUUCCGAUUUCAAUGAUGCCGUGGACGCUGCGUUGAUUGAUGAGGGACCCAAAAAGGGAGGCUGGAGAAUAUCAGACGACUCCACGAUUGGUGGUUAUUCGAAAGGAAAGUUUCAAUUGAUUCGGAAUCCACAAGAUUAUCAACAAGUGAUGCAGGGGAAAGAAGCAGGAUCCUUGUUGGAGGCGAUGGAAAAGGGAGAAAUCAAUGAAAAGGACUACAACGAUACUUAUAAGAGUGACGACAAGGUCAAUGAUGAUGAUGCAGAAAGUGUAGAGGAAGAAAUUACCGUAUCCGAUCAUGGUGAUGAUACUCAAACAAAGAAGAAAUUCAUUCCGUUUGUCCGAUGGAAUGGAACCAUAGAUACCCGCAUUGACGAAAACAGCGAAGUCCAACGUUCUGGAUUCUGUGCCAUUCGAUCUCCCGAAUUUCCCUUUGGAGGUGCGGACUUGGGAGGCCGGUACAAUGCCUUGGAAAUUCUGUGUCGAUCGGAUGGAAGACCGUACUCGCUAAACUUAAAGGUGGAUACCUUUAUCCCAGAAGAUAUCUUUCAAACAUUUAUCAAUGUUCCACCUACCUACGAACCGGAUGCCACAAUAUGCCCCGAGACGGGAGGAAAGUUUGAUCGAGUAGUUUUGUUAUUUCAACAUUUCAUUGUCACUGCUGGUGGACGAAUGCGAUCUACCCAACGUGAUUUGGACAACAGUGUGAGAAUAGAGACGAUUGGACUGACGCUGAUGGAUGGGGUGGACGGUGACUUUCAAUUUGACUUGGCCCGUAUUCGAGCCGUCAAUUACGAUGAACGAGGCAUCAUUUACAAUAAAGCUAAAGUACCACAAUAG